AUGCCUGAGAAAGAAGAAAUUCAAGUUCAUGACGAAGAACAACGAGCAACAGAGACGAAGCCAAAGCAACGUAAACGACGUCGCAAGAGAAUGCUGACUGGCAUCAGCAAACAGCGGAGAUUGGCGAACGAACGGGAACGAAAAAGGCUUCAGGUGGUUAAUACAGCCUUUGUUAGUUUAAAGAACGCUUUACCGCUGUCGUCUGUCGAUCAAAAGAUAUCACGAAUUGAGAUUGUUCGUCUAGCAUCCCGCCAUAUUGCAUCGCUCAUGCAACUCUUGCAACACGGUGAAGAUUUAGAAGGUGUGGAAAAUGAACAUUUCUGUUGUGAAGAUCAAAUUAUAAGCGAUGAUGAACUGAUCGAUAAUCAUGGAGAUUCUGAUGGAUGUGACGGACCUGACAAUUUAAAUCUGUAACAUGGCAGUCGCUUUAUUUAGUCAUUUUCAUGGCAAAAUUUGGUAAGUAGCAAACUCCACGAAAUCCAUCACUUCUGCUUUCCAGAGAAAAAAAUACAUGAGUUUUACAACUUUUACUGUCAUCGAUAUAACUGUUUUAAUAUUAGCUUUUUUGCCUGCUCAAGGCCAGAUUUGGUAAGCUAUAGACAGUUUACCCAUUACAAAAAGGUCAAAACGGAUAAAAUAAGACAUAAAAUAUGACUAUUAUGUGAAUAAAAUAACAUGUAAAAAUUGAACGGAACAAAUAUUUCGAGUAUAUAUGAAACAUCACUGAGCCUAAAUUGCUCACACACUGUAUCAAACUAUAAUACAAGGCCUAUAAGUACUGCUUUAAACGUUAACCCCUCACAGUCUCUGAAAACUGGGAAUUUCCUAUAAUUUUAUACCAUGAUAUACCAUGCGUACAUAAAAGUACACCAAUCUACACUUUUCAACAAACGACUCGUCCUGCAUGAAGUACUGCAUUAGAGUGGCUUAUCAUACUCCGAGGAGGAUUCGUUCUAUACAACUGUAUGUAAGACAUGAAUGCAGAUCUAAAUAGGUAAAAUAUCUGAAGAUAGGUUGUUCCGACUGUUAAAUGGUACAUGCGAUCAAAGCUUAUUUUACUAUAUGUCAUUGAGAGUUAAAUUAAAUAACAUCGAUACAAGAUGCACGUAUAUGUGUGGUCUUAUACUGACCACUGAAUUUAUAGCCAGCACAUACAUUGUUUGACAUGACAUAAUUAGGCGUUGCUAAACGCCAAUACUUCUAAAGUUACAUAACUCAGUAUAAUCACCGAUCAGAUGCAACUUUUUAAUCAGUCAUUCAGUUAAUUUCAUCGACCAUGUCUUUAGCAAUGUGACUGUCUUUAAAGAUUGAUUAACCACUAGAAGAGUUACUUCUUUUGUGGCUAAGUUCUUCUUUGUUAAAAGCUGCAUGUUUGCUUGUAUUGUGAGAUUACAAAAGUGUACAAAUUGAUGCAGCACAUAAUUAAAAAACGAUGUUAGUUGAAACACCUGGAAAAUAUAAAACAAAUUUCAAGCAUAGCCAUACGUCCUUUGACGCUUUGUUUGGGAAAUGUAGCAGCGGUUACUUCCAUGCAUAUAUACGAAUCAAAGUACUGCAGCUGAAAGUUCUUUGCUCGAUACGUUGAAUUUUGUUAAUAUGUAUAUUUUACUUCAUACAGCUAUAAGUAGACCCUUCAACCAAGACAGUGAAUAUUUUUCAACCCUGCUGCAUGGAAUCUCACUUCAUGACAAUUUAACGUUUCAGUAAGUUGCAGAGUAUGCUUAUACCUGGCAAAAAGAAUAAUUAAAUGAUCGGACAUUGUAUAUACUAUAUAAUUACAUAUAACAAAUUGGUGCAUCUGUUUAAAACGACGUGCUGUAAAUAAACAACUAUAUUAUAAUACUGCUUUGAUUGAGUAGGAAUCAUUGCAUGCUGGUUUUAAUUUCGUUAGUAUUCAAUUCUGCACUGCAAUGAUAUAAUUAAUAUACAUGUUUCCUCUUGCACCUUAUAGGCUAGGUAUCAAAAAGGCUACAGAACUCCUCUUCUCUACACGAUUGCAUGCAAUGUUGUAUAAUGUACUGUAUAUAUAUAUAGAAACUGAAUUAGUCAGUUGGAAACAAAAUUAAACUCGAUGUACUGUUGUUUCUUUUCAGAAUUUGGUUUUGGACGAAGCCAGUGUGUGAUAGGCGUCAUGGGUUAAUCAGACUCAAUUGUCAAUUGCUGUUAUUGCAUGGCAAAAACACGCGAAGAUCACCAGUUGAUAUAGUGUAUUUUGAUGCUAGUAUAGUUGCAACUGAUAUAGAAAAAUUGAAGCCAAUAUUAAAUCAUUUACGACAGCAACGGGUCAGGAUAUUUUGCUAUAAAAUCAAGUCGUACGUUCGGGAGACAAUGCAUAUUAAAUAAAUAGCUAUUUCAACACUGUCUGCACUGAAUAGGUGGAGUAGUUGAGUCCUGCAUGACAAGCACUGACAGGUUCGUUUCAGUCACUUACAGCGGCUUUAAAGCUAAUAGCAUUUGUAAAUAGUUUAAUUUAGAUUUUAGUCAUGGUCAUGGAGUGAAACUAACCUGAUACCACUAAACACAAUGACAAUGUAUAAUAGAAAGAAGGAGUCAAGGGCUGAAGAAAAGAUAUAUAUUUAUUCUAUAUAUAGAUAAAUUAUUCUGAUAUAUCUAUAGGCUGUGUGCUUAAAUAAAUCUUCAAUGUAAACAAUGUAACUUUUGAAGAAACAUAUAAUAGACAAAAG